AUGGAUCAGAUCUUGGGCCAGCAUCCAGAUGCUGCCUUGCUUGCAAACACCAACUUCAAACAAGCCGUCAAGACGCCAACGAGAGAAAAUAGGAUCCUGGACAAGAUAGUGACAAACUUCUCUGGUUUUUAUGACCAGCCACUCAUUGACCGUUUCCUGCCGACAAAAACGGUCAGAAUGCACUACCGUGACAAGAAAUGGAUUACCCCAGUCAUCAAAUCUUUGAUCAAGGAAAGACAAGCGGCAUUUAGUGGUGGUAAUAAGGAACUUACCAGGAAACUUGCCAACUGCGUUAAAAAGGAAAUAAGAAAAGCAAAGCACGACUAUUACAAUGAUCGAGUGAAGAAACAUAAGAAGGCGAAUCCUGCAGAAUGGUAUAAACAAAUCAAAAUUAUGACCAACAUGAAAAAUGCCAACUCCUAUAAAACUGUUCCUGGAGUUGACAGAGAUGAUACCGCCGUAAUAGCAAACAGGAUCAAUGACUUCUUCAAGUCUGUUGCUGAGGAUGUACCCACCAUGGAUGCUACGAACUUACCUGCAUACUUACCUGACCCUUCUCCACCUCUCCGCAUUCAACCUUGGGAUGUUUACCAACAGCUUAAGAAGGUGAAGGUUGGGAAAGCUGUCGGUCCCGAUAUGAUACCUAGCCGAAUCAUCAAAGAAUUUGCUUGUGAACUUAGUAUCCCAUUGGCCCAUAUCUUCAGUACCUCACUUGCUGAAGGUGUCGUUCCAAAGAUGUGGAAGAGAGCUGUAGUUGUUCCCGUCCCGUCCCUAAAACCACCCCUGCAUGUAUCGACAAGCUCCGUCCAAUCUCCUUGA